GGCUGACGUAGCGCAGUGGAGGUUGAGUAGUCGCGCAGCGCACGCAGAGCAGGAUUUCGCAAAUCAUGUCGUUUUGUGCUGGAAAAAGGCUGGUGGAAGCGUGAAAAAGUGCUGAAAGUCAGCCGGAAGGGGUGCCCAACGGUCAGUGUGGGUGCUGGUGAGUGCGUGGACGUGGAGAAAGUGGUGAAAAUUGUGCAAGAAGACACCGCGGAGACAUUUCUUGGGCAGAGCGCUGCCCUCAGUGGCGGAGGUGAAAAAGAGACGUUGAAAUCCAUUCCCUCUGCUCACCAGUGUGACACGAGAGAUGAUGAAAAUGGAGACGGACAAAAUAAUGGACGAUUCGAACAGCAAUUCACAGUACACUUCGAUGAUUCUGUAUGAUCCGGCGAGGAAAAAAGAACCAUCACCGACAUUUCAGAGUGAACGAGAAACCUGCCUAACGUACUUCUUGAAAUGGAACGAAGCAGAUCAAGUGGAUUUCGUCGAACAACUGCUGUCCCGAAUGUGUCACUAUCAGCAUGGGCAUAUCAAUGCAUUUCUCAAGCCGAUGCUCCAGAGGGACUUCAUUUCUUUGUUGCCAAAAAAGGGACUGGAUCACAUUGCGGAGAACAUCUUAUCGUACUUGGAUGCGGAUUCGCUGAAGGCGGCCGAGUUGGUGUGCAAAGAGUGGCUGCGUGUCAUCUCUGAGGGAAUGCUGUGGAAGAAGCUGAUUGAGCGCAAGGUGCGAACGGAUUCACUGUGGCGCGGUUUGGCCGAGAGACGCGGAUGGAUUCAAUAUCUGUUCAAGCCCAGGCCGGGCACAACGCAUCGGCAGCACUCAUUCUACAGGGCGCUGUUUCCCAAGAUCAUGAAUGACAUCGAGAGCAUAGAGAGCAAUUGGCGCUCUGGACGGCACAUGCUGAGGCGCAUCAACUGUCGCUCGGAGAACUCCAAGGGCGUCUACUGCCUGCAGUAUGACGACAACAAAAUAGUGUCUGGCUUGAGGGACAAUACGAUUAAGAUAUGGGACAGAAGUGAUCUGAAAUGUGUAAAGACUCUAACAGGCCAUACAGGAUCUGUGCUAUGCCUUCAGUACGAUGAUAAAGUCAUUAUAAGUGGAUCAAGUGAUUCUACCGUCCGUGUGUGGGAUGUCAAUUCCGGUGAAAUGGUCAAUACGCUCAUUCAUCACUGCGAAGCUGUCUUACAUUUGCGAUUCAACAAUGGCAUGAUGGUCACAUGCUCCAAGGAUCGAUCAAUAGCGGUUUGGGAUAUGACAUCACCGGGCGAAAUCACUCUUCGUCGUGUUCUGGUUGGACAUCGCGCCGCCGUGAAUGUGGUGGACUUCGAUGAGAAGUACAUCGUGUCGGCGUCUGGCGAUCGUACGAUCAAAGUGUGGAACACGUCGACGUGUGAAUUCGUGCGCACGCUGAAUGGUCACAAGAGGGGCAUUGCGUGUCUGCAGUAUCGUGAUAGAUUGGUGGUCAGCGGCAGUUCGGACAAUUCUAUAAGAUUGUGGGAUAUUGAGUGCGGAGCUUGUCUGCGCGUCCUGGAGGGACACGAAGAGUUGGUGCGCUGCAUUCGAUUUGAUUCGAAGCGGAUUGUGAGUGGAGCUUACGAUGGCAAGAUAAAAGUGUGGGAUUUGGUGGCGGCCUUAGAUCCACGUGCUCAGACAAGUUCAUUGUGCUUGAAGACACUCGUGGAACACACUGGUCGCGUCUUUCGACUGCAAUUUGAUGAAUUCCAAAUAGUGAGUAGUUCUCAUGAUGACACCAUUCUCAUAUGGGAUUUCCUCAACUACACACCGCCGGAAAGCACUUCCAAUAGGAGUCCAUCACCAUCUCUCAUGGAGCAUUAGCGUUAAUCAGCGUUGACAUCUGGGAAUGAUCUCUUACAUCCAUUUUACUCCUCUGUCGUCUCUCUCGCACUCUGGAAAAGGAGACACACGAAUUAGCGCGCGAUGGACAAAAAGAAGAAGAAGAGGAGGAAAAGCAAAAAUAUUCGAUGUGCACCGACGAAAUUGAGAAUUGUAAUUGAUGAAUAAGAGUGUGAGAAAUCAUUUCACCUCAGAGCGCUCUACUAAUUUUAACAAUACAAUAGUCGCUUUUACGAUAGCGUUCGUUUUAGUAUAAGUUCUUUCUCUCUCUCUCUCUCUCUAUCUUCUAAAUUAUGGGAUAAAAGAGUGGAUUGUCGAUGAAGCAGGAAAUUUGUGAAAAUUCGUAAUCAAUAGGAGAGCUUCUUUUAUUUCUUUAGGGUAGAAAUCUUAGAGAAACGAAAGUUUAAUAGUUUACUUUUAAUUCUAAAUCCCAAUUUUUCUAGUGAUCUUUGUUUUUAUAUAUUAUCUUUUCCAACCACACAAUGCUUUUAUAUACUCUUAAAAAAGAAAACAGAAAAGUUUGAUGUUAAGACGCAUGAAAGAUUGUCGUCGGAAUGCAAAAGAAAAUUAUAAUAAAUCUUUUUUCCCAGUAGAUUUUUACACAUUUAGCAAACGAACUUUGAAGAACGACUAAAUAAUCCAUUAAGUUUCCCAAUUUUGUACAGUUUAUGGAUGCAAAUGAUAGUGAUUUUGGAGGAUAAAGAAAACACAUUUCUGGGUUGUCUCAUCUUUAGGUAAUUUUCUAUAAAUAUAUAUUUAUAUAAUAAUUGCAUUAUCUCAUUAAGUGAAGCCCUGUAAUAAAUUCCGAUGAGAGUUUCUUUUACAGUAAUUGUGUGAGUCUCUUUUUUUCCACGAAAAUUCACAUUAGAAGUUUAAGUCCUUGUUUGCUUUCCUGAUAAUGAUUUUUUUCCCUCUUUUGUACAUCAUUUAUUUUUCCGUCUCUUUCUGUUUUUCUCUUCUGUUGACGCAAAAAGUUGUAUAAAUUAGUGCCAAGCAGAGUGAAAAAAAAAAGAAGUAAAUCGCGCACUGAUGAAGAUUAUUUCAAAACACACACACGCAGGAAAAUUGAGAGAAGAAAAGAAAAUAAAUGGUCGUUUUUUUCUUGGUAGAUGUUUUCGCGACAAAUUUGAGAAAGCGCGAAAUAAUGUAAAUCUUAAGAAAAAAAAGUAGAGAACUUGAUUCCAAAAGCAGAUUUGCCAGAUAUUUCAAUCAUAACUAAAAAAAAUGUAAUAGAAGUAAAACAUUAAAUACUUGUUAGAAUGAAAGAGUUUUUUGUGGAGAAAAAUGUUCAAAAAAAAGAGAAAAAGCUGUCAAUGUUUCAUCACGAAGAUUAAUUGAAUUCCGUAAAAAGAGAAAAAAAAUUGUGAAAACUUCCCUCUCAAGCGUUAUUUAUAAAUAAGAAGGCAUUUCAGGAGAUUUGCAAGCAGCAGAAACAGGAAUUUAGCAACACACAAACACACACACACUUAGUGUUUUAGGGCGUUUUUAGAGUGAGAAAAAGGCGUAUGAAAUUUGGAAAACAAUUAUACACAAAUUGAUAAUUGGAAGGAAGAUUCUUAGGCGUCAUCCAAUGUUGAAACUAUAUUGAUAAGGAAGACAAGGAGAAUCAUUGAAUAUGUACAGAAAAAAAGGUUCAUGUAGGUAGUUCAUUAUAUAUAAAAGAUGGAAAAAAACUGAGUAAAAAUUAAUUGAUUUCUUCGUGUGACAUUCAAUUUGAGAUAAAACAAAAAGAAGCUAUUUGAUUAUCUUGGAAAAUGGAACACAACAUUUAUUUAUAACAUUUUGAAAGGAGAUAAAAUGUAAAAUUGUUCGGCAUUUAUUUAGGUGAGCGAAAAGUGCACGAAAAA